CUACUUUAUGAUUUGAAGUAAAGCAUUAGAAAAGAAAAAGCAUAAGAAUAACAAUGCUAAGUUGCUAUAGUUCAUAUUGACACUUCACAUGGUGGAAGCAAAAGGGGUUUCCUUGUUGCACAUGCAUGGCUCAUAGCUUGAUUCUUUGUCUCAAAACUCAUUGUAACACCCAAUGCAAAUUCUACAUCGGUUGUGGACACAGGAGAUGAGCCCUACCUCAAAUACCAUUAACGCAUUUUGGAGACACUGACUGUAGAGGAGAGGAGAACUCUUCAUAGUUAAGCGCGCCUGAGUGAGAAUACUCCAUGAUGGGUGACCAAAAACAAAUAUGUGAGCUACUUAAGGGCAAAUCACACAAUAUAAGUUGAUAUGAGGGCUCGCCUGUUACAAAUGUUAUGAAAACACCGGUGGUGUUUGGGACAGUUUAGGUGGUCCCACUUCGUUACUCAAGAUGGUGGGGGCUAACUUCAUCGACGACGAGUCCAUAAGGGAUGAUUGUAUCACAUCCGCCGUUGAUAGGAGAGAUGUUGGGUGCCUGGGUUAAUAAAAAAUGCCCACCUCAAAUACCAUCAACGUGUUUUGGACACCUUGGCUAAUGAGAGGAGGACUCCAGAGUUAAGUGCACUUGACUAGGAGUAGUCCAUAAUGGAUGGGCCAGAUGGCCACUGGGGAAGUUUUCCCUUGGACAACCAAAACAAAUUCGAGAGCUUCUUGUGAAAAAUCUGGAUAUUAUUAGUUGGUAUGAGCAUGGGCGAAGCUUUUAAGGGGCGGACGACCCCCCGAACUUUUCGCUUAGUCGUGGAGAGUAUGUAGUUUUCGUAUAGAAAUUUUUGGGUAUAUACGUUUUCGACCCCCCCGGUUUUGUAGAAAUUUUUAGGUCCAGUGACUUCCGCCCCCUCAGUCGGAAAUCUCAAGCUUCGCCACUGGGUAUGAGGGGUCGGAUACAACACUUAUUGACUUGUACAUGACUAUUUUUUCUAGCCAUACACUACAUGAUAAAUGUCACAUUCAACACCACCAAACUUGUACAAAAAAAUAUAUUUCUAUCAGCCAUUGAACCCAGACCACAACAUAGAGGCUUAGAAAAUGGAAAUAGAACACAAGGGUGGUCUAGUUUCUGCUCAUACAAUUGACCGUGAUUCAUGGAAGCAAGUCGGGUUGCUGCUAGUAACAGGCUACAGUUGUGGCUAUAUCUUAAGCUUUUCAAACCUGAUGUUGGUGCCUCUAGGCUGGACUUGGGGCAUCAUUAGCCUGAUAGUGGUCGCAGUCUUUGCUGCCUAUUCUAGCUGGCUUCUGGCUGGUUUUCACUUUAUAAACGGUCAGCGGUUCAUCAGAUUUAGAGAUCUUAUGGGCUCUCUUUUUGGACAAGAAAUGUUUUAUGUUACUUGGGUUUCCCAAAUCUUGAUCCUACUUAUUACAAAUAUGGGAUUCAUACUUCUUGGUGGAAAGGCAUUAAAGGAAAUCAAUGCAGAAUUUGGUGGCUCUUCUUUAAGACUCCAAUAUUUUAUCAUCAUCACCGGUGUAGCCUACUUUGUAUUUUCAAUAUUUGUCCCAACAAUAUCAUCAAUGGGGAAGUGGUUGAUAGUUUCAACAAUUCUUACCUUCACUUAUAUCGGGAUUCUGUUGGCAGUUGUAAUCAAGGAUGGACUGAAUUCUAACAGAGUCAAAGACUACCAAGUUAGAGGAAGCGAUUCUUCCAAGAUGUUUAAUGCUUUUUGUGCAAUAUCAGCUAUUGUCGCUUGUAACUCCGCUGGCAUUAUACCUGAGAUACAGUCAACUCUACGUUCGCCAGCGGUUGAAAACAUGAGGAAAGCUUUGCAUCUACAGUUUACUAUAGGCCUGACCUUUUAUUACGGUGUAAGCAUAGUCGGAUACUGGUCGUAUGGUUCAGCAGUCUCUGAGUAUCUUCCUGAAAACAUAACCGGACCAACAUGGGCUAAGGUCCUGAUUAACGCAGUAGUAUUCACACAAUCCAUAAUUUCUCAGCAUGCAUUUAUCGCACCAGUUCAUGAGGCGCUAGAUACCAAGUUCCUGAUACUUGAAAAAGGCAUACAUUCUAGAGCAAACAUAUUUCGUCUACUUUGCCUACGAGCAUUACUAUUCACUCUCAACACACUGGUGGCAGCAGCAAUUCCUUUUAUGGGAGAUUUUGUCAACUUAUUAGGAUCUUUUCUACUUAUACCGUUGACCUUCGUGUUCCCCAGUAUGAUCUUUAUAAAGGUGAAGAGAGAAGCAGCAAAAACUGAGAAGGUCUGGCAUUGGGCCAUUAUUGUUUUGUUUAGUCUGUUGAUGGUUGUAACCACCAUAGCCGCUGUCCGGUUAAUUGUAAACAACAUUUCCGAAUACCAUUUAUUCGCAGAUACACGACAGUCCUAGGAAGUGUGUUGUUUAUAUAGAUGCAUUGUACUAUUCUUAUAUGAUGUUAUUCGCAAUUCGAGCUCCUCUCAUGGUGUUCUAUUAAUUCGAUCACUUUGUAUUCAUUGUUCA